GGAUAUAAGAAAUACUAGCAGGUCUACCUCCCGUCUGCGACAACCUGUAGGUUUGUUAGUGCCAUGGACGGCCGUUUUGAGACUGAUCUGUAUCCUCUGGGAUCCAGUUACGUCACUGAAAUAGACAGUGUCCAUGAUAUAACAGUCGGCACAAAGAGGGGAUCUGACGAACUCUUUUCCUCCUGCAUCUCUAACGGACCUUAUAUAAUGAGCUCUGGAGCAGCAAAUGGUAAUGACAGCAAGAAGUUCAAAGGGGACAUCAGGAGCCAAGGCAUUCCUUCACGAGUCAUUCAUGUACGCAAACUGCCAAAUGACAUAAAUGAAGCAGAAGUUAUUUCUUUGGGGCUUCCUUUUGGCAAAGUGACCAACCUUCUGAUGCUGAAAGGAAAGAACCAGGCCUUCCUGGAGAUGAACACUGAGGAGUCAGCACAGACCAUGGUCAGCUACUACUCCUCUGUCACCCCUGUCAUCCGCAAUCACCCGAUCUACAUGCAGUAUUCCAAUCACAAGGAGCUAAAGACUGACAACUCUCCCAACCAAGUUAGAGCACAGGCAGCACUGCAGGCGGUGAAUGCGGUUCAGACAGGAAACAUGUCUUUGAGCACUGUUGACGGAGCAGGCAUGGGCAGCCAAAGCCCUGUACUGAGAGUCAUUGUUGAAAACCUCUUCUACCCAGUUACACUUGAUGUUCUUCACCAGAUUUUCUCAAAGUUUGGCACCGUUUUGAAGAUUAUAACCUUUACCAAAAACAACCAGUUCCAAGCACUGGUCCAGUACUCGGACGGAAUGACUGCUCAGCAUGCAAAACUGUCUUUAGAUGGACAGAACAUCUACAAUGCCUGCUGUACCCUUCGCGUCAGUUUCUCUAAGCUCACCAGUUUGAAUGUUAAGUACAACAAUGAUAAGAGCAGAGACUACACUCGCCCUGACUUGCCUACAGGAGACGGUCAUCCCUCCCUCAAUGCACAGACGAUGGCUGCAGCUGCCUUGACUGCUCCUGGUCUUAUCUCUGCAUCACCAUAUGCUGGGGCUCAUGGUUUCCCACCAACAUUUGCCAUUCAGCAGGCAGCAGGUUUGUCUCUGCAGGGUGUGCCUGCUGGGGCCCUUGCAUCGCUCGGUGUCCCUGGUGCCGCUGCUGCUGCAGCAGCUGCAGCAGGACGUCUGAGUCUUUCUGGUCUCGCUGCUGGAGGAAACAGUGUCCUGCUGGUCAGCAACCUUAACCCUGAGAGCGUUACGCCCCAAUGCCUCUUUAUUCUUUUCGGCGUGUAUGGUGAUGUCAUGAGAGUGAAGAUCCUAUUCAACAAGAAAGAGAAUGCUUUGGUGCAGAUGUCUGAUGGAACCCAAGCCCAGCUAGCCAUGAGCCACUUGAAUGGACAGAAACUGUAUGGUAAGGCUUUGCGGGUCACUCUCUCCAAACACACCACUGUGCAACUGCCACGAGAAGGCCAUGAGGAUCAGGGGCUCACCAAGGACUACAGCAGCUCUCCUCUUCACCGCUUCAAAAAGCCAGGCUCCAAGAACUACUCCAACAUCUUCCCUCCUUCCUCUACUCUCCAUCUUUCCAAUAUACCACCUUCUGUCACUGAGGAUCAUCUCAGAGGCUUGUUUCUAAGUUCAGGAUCUGUGGUUAAGGCCUUCAAGUUUUUCCAGAAAGACCGAAAAAUGGCCCUUAUCCAGUUGGGCUCUGUGGAUGAAGCAAUCGAGUCUCUGAUCAAAUUUCACAAUCAUGACCUGGGAGAGAACCAUCACCUCAGAGUUUCUUUCUCCAAGUCCACCAUCUGAUGGAGGCUGUUUUGAUUUAGAGAAGGUGAAAGGACUGUCACUUUAGACCAAACUUUAAGCCUUCCACAAUUUAUAUCACUGUGGACAGAUGUUUUCCACAACACACACUUCAUCAUUCCUUUAUUAUAUCUAUAUUCAAAUAUAUGUCUAUUUGUAAUUCCAAUUUGAACCCAACCUGACUUGGGUUUUAAUAGUACCUUUUCUCAGACGGUUUGUCUCAUGAUUCAGUUCAUCAUUGGCACACAUCGGUUUUGGAUCAUAGAUGCUGCAUAGUUUACACUUGUGCCUCUGCGGAAAGCCGCAGCCUUUCAGGUUGCACAUGCAAAGCCUUGUUUUGUUUGUUGAACCUAUAAAUUAAGUUUUUUUUUUUUUUUUUUUUUUUUUUCAAAGCUAUUCCCUAUUUACCUUCACAAAAAAAUAAACUGUGCCUUACAUGGUGCUUAAAGUAUAUCUUCUUAAUGACCUUAGUAAUGUCUUGAUGUUUUUGGCUUCUUUGCAGGAACCAUUAACCUCAGACAUACAAAAAAGACUGCCUGAUGUUCCCAGGUGGUCUCUGUUUAAAUAUGACUAGUGGAAGCACAGGAAUGUUUUCCUGUGAAAGGCAGCAACUAGAUCAUAGUUCCUUACAGGCUUCGGUUUUGUACCUGACUGUCACAGCUCGUUUUGCAUAUAGUUAUUUUAUAUAUGUGGUUCUACUCCUAAUGUACCAUUUUAAAAAUAUUCUAUAUUGGUUUAGUUUCAUUCCAUAUUAUUUACACUUGUAUACUGCAUCAUCUUUUUGGGUAUUGGCCCAUUGCGCUCUGUCUAUACAAUCAUAUUUUCCAUUUAGUUUGGAGUGGGACACUUAACCACCAAAAGCCCCAACACACACACUUCUCCCUGUUGCUUAUUAAAGGUUUUUUUGAUUACAUCAAAUUUUGUUUAUGCUGAGUGUGGCAAAGGAAGUCAAGCUCAUGAGUGUUAUAAUGAACUUCCAGAACUCAAAUUUCUACUGUGUCCAUUUGUCACUUGCCUUUUGUUAAAGAAUAUUCGCAUUACAGAGUCUUAAUCUCCUCUGUGAGUUGUGUGAACCG